CAGCAAAAGGGCGUCGGGAUGCACGAGCCGCUGGUGGACGCCGAGGGCUUUCCCCGCGCAGACAUCGACCUGUACCAAGUGCGCACCGCCCGGCACAACAUCAUCUGUUUGCAGAAUGAUCACAAGGCCCUGAUGAAGCAGGUGGAGGAAGCUCUGCACAAGCUGCACGCCCGGGAGAAGGAGAAACACGCCAAGGAUGAGGCGGAGGCCUUGGCCGAGGCCAUGAGCCAGAACCAGAGCCUGCCCCAGGCCUUUGCCAAAGUGAAUGCUGUGACCCCGGGCUCUCCCGCCAGCGUCUCGGGACUUCAAGUUGAUGAUGAGAUUGUGGAGUUUGGAUCUGUCAAUGUAAACAACUUCCAAAACCUGCAGAACAUUGCCACGGUGGUGCAGCACAGUGAGGGGAGGCCCCUGAGCGUGACUGUGAUCCGUGGUGGCAGAAGGGUGCACGUGGGGCUGACUCCAAAGCGCUGGGCCGGGAAGGGCCUCCUGGGCUGCAAUAUCAUUCCUUUACAAAGAUGACUGUGGCUUGGAGAACAAUAAAGCUGAAGCUUGUGCCUGCUUUCUGGACUCUGAUCUGGUUUGAAAACUUCCCUACGUGGUGUUGCUGUGACCUCUGGUGCCUGAAGGCUUCUGGCAGAACAGGGCCUGCCUGCAGUUCAGAAUUGCACUGAUUAUCAGGAGGAACCUGCAGAGCUGCAAGAUGUGGCUUCUCAUCUCUUCUACCUUCUAUCAAUUUAGAAUAAGGCUCUAGAGAGACCCAAAUCUCACUUGAUACACGUUCCAAAGAGCUUGAAAGGCUCUUGUUUGGUGAUAACAGAGCAUUCUUUUUUCCUCUCCUUUAAAACUCCUGAGUAUCAUGUAAUAUAUGCUAAAAAGUCCUAGAGCACUUUUUGAUGCCUGUCAUAGUAGAUUACAGGCAAGAGAUAUGCAAGUUUGAUACUUCAUCUUCCCCACGUUGCCACAACUUGUAAAGUCAGUGAACAUACUGAAAAGAUUUUUGGAAUGCCCAGUUAUUUUAACACAAUAAGGAAUAGGGGUUAUAAUUCUACUUUUGGAACUUGUAGUAGUUUAUGUAGUCAUUAUAAAAACACUCCUAAUCUUGGCUUCUCUAUUUCCUUUUAAUUUUUUAUGAAUUAGUUUAUUUGCAGGAGUUGAUUUUGGGGUGGUUUCCUGGUUCCAGCCAGGACAGGGUUUACCUUUUUGUGCCUCCCAUUCUUCUCUCCAUCCUGCUGCAGGAGCAGAGGGGGAGUGGGUGAGGGGCACAUGGUCUGGGGUGUUUUUCAGUUGGAACAUUAAAUUGGGGAAUACCAUUCAUAAACCACAACAGGUGCAUGAACUGUUUGAAGGGAUUCCAGGAAUGACUGGUUUGUUUGAAACUUAUUUCCAGUUGAAUUUCAAAAUAGUCUCCCAAAACAAUAAAACUGAGUAUUGCU